CACAAAUAAAUUGGGAGGCUGAUUGAGCGAGCGAAUCGAAAUAAUAAUAGUAAUUAAUUAAAAACGAACGAAGCUUAACUUGUUCUAGUAAUAAUAGCCGAAUAAAGUGUUGAAAUUUUAUUGAUUUAAAAUAAUGUGUUAAGUUUGUGUUUACUGAGAUAACUAUUAAAAUAUUCGUAUUAACCACAACAGGUGAAUACUAUAAAUAAAUGCGGCCAUCAAAAAUGAAAGUGGAUAAGAAACUUUUACCCAUAAAAGGACAUUUCUUCCUGUUCAACGCUGGUGUCUGAUUGACUGACUGAUCUAUCGAACGCACAGCCGACUGAACCGACUACUGGACCGAUUGAGCUGAGAUAUGGCAUCCGGAUAGUUGCUAUGAUUAAGGCAUCCGCUAAGAGCAUACGUACGGCACCUUUAGUACCUUAUUUAUCAACAUAUGCUCGUCAAUUAGGAUUCACAUCGGCUACAGUAGGUUUAAUAUACACAGUACUGCCAAUUUUUGGACUGAUUGCAAAGCCCCUGUUCGGUGUUAUUGCUGACAGGUUCAAAAUACUAAAGUCAAUUUUUAUACUAUUUCAAAUAGUGACUAUAGUUAGUUUCUCGGCUAUAUAUUUUAUCCCGGGGAAUACGCCAAGCGUGGAUGUUGAGUUGGAUUGUGGUGAUGGCAUCACGGUACUCAGGAGUUGUAUGCAGGACGGUGAAAUGGACAAUUGUAAAAUGACAACUCUAGAAAAUUUUAAUACCACCGCUUCUUGUGAUAUGGACUGCGAUAUGUCUUCGCCUAAAAUGUGGCAGACGGUAUGCGAACAUUGGCACAUUCCCGAAUAUUGCUACAGUUACGCCAACGGGAACUCCCUGCGGUACACGGUGGUGCUGUCGAAUGCUACUGUGCAAGAUGACUGUGCCUAUAUAAGUGCAUCUAAUGUCACUUUAGACGGUUACCAAUACACACCACGGUGUCGCAAAGGUCACGGUUACGUAGGCCUCAACGAGCCUUGUAGCCUGAAUUGUGGGACCAAAACCUCUUUGUUGUCAAAAGAUGGCGCUGCUAACAUGACAUGUGUUGAUCAAGAAAUGAACUAUAGGGUGUGCGGCGAAAACGUCUCCGCCGCUGAUUGGUCGGUCAUCAAGGAUGAUAAUUGUGAGGCUGUAUGCGACCUCGGAGAAUCUGCGCCGUGGCGUCUCAUGGAAAUUUGCGAGUCUUGGGGCGCUGACGUCACAAAGUCUUGUGCCCCUAGAGCUAUAAACGGCAAAGAACUGCCCUCCAACUUAUCGUUUGUCGGCACUGUUUUACUUUCCACGACGAUACCGGAGGGCAAUUGUAUGUUCGUGCAGCUAAAUCACAUCACAAUGCCUGAUGGCACCGUUCACUACCCAAACUGUAUUUCGAGGGCACAAUACCAAGUUGAAAGUGAAUUGUUUCAUCCAACCUGCAAAAUUAACUGUGAUAACUCGGUGCUUAACGAACUGUUAGAAUCGGCGUCGGAAAGCAGUAAAGGUGAACAAUCGCAGUACACCUUGGAAUUCUGGCUGUUCUUCGCCAUGAUGAUCGUCAGUUGGAUCGGCCAGGCCGUAGUCGUCACCGUGGCUGACGCUAUAUGUUUCAAUGUCCUAGGUGACCGCGUUGAUCAAUACGGCAAGCAGCGUCUCUGGGGUUCUGUCGGUUGGGGAAUAUUUUCCUUAACCACCGGAGCACUAAUAGACCUGUUCAGCGACGGGGCGUACAAGAACUACGCCAUUGCGUUCAUCCUCAUGUUCGUUUUCAUGUGCGGUGACGUCAUAGUGUCGUGUUUUGUUAAGACUGAAUCAACCAAGAUGUCAAUGAACAUUUUGGGUGACGUUGGAACCCUCCUUUCAUCGCUUCCGACCUUCGUCUUCAUGCUAUGGACUAUAGGCGUGGGUCUUUGCACUGGGUUACUUUGGCAAUUCCUCUUCUGGCACUUGGAAGACAUAGCUGGCCAGAGCUGCGACGGAGCGGACUAUAUCAAGACUCUGCAAGGCCUCGUCAGUGCUAUACAGACCUUCCUUGGGGAGAUACCAUUCAUGUUUGUGUCAGGUUACAUCCUCAAGAAAGUAGGCCACACCAACAUGAUGAGUAUAGUUCUAUUCGCAUUCGGAGCGCGGUUCAUUCUAUACUCUUUCUUGACCAAUGCGUGGCUUGCGCUUCCCAUAGAAAUGUUCCAAGGGAUCACUUUCGGCAUGUUCUACCCUACUAUGACGUCAUAUGCCAAUGUAGUGGCGCCGCCUGGAGCGGAAACUACAGUGCAGGGCUUAGUGGGAGCAAUUUUCGAAGGCGUAGGCGUCUCGCUAGGUAGUUUCAUUGGCGGUAGAAUGUACCGAUGGCUGGGGGGCGGGUUAACGUUCCGCUGGUUCGGAAUAGGAGCACUUAUUCUUGGGUUAAUCCAUGCUGUGGUACAGUGGCUGCUAAGAGACAGAAAUCAACAUAUCUCCGUUAACCAAGGAUAUGCCUCCGUUAUGAAGUAUGAGAAGCCCCAAGAUGCUGUACAUAUGCUUGAUGACUAAAACUAUACUUAAGACGUAAAAAAUAUCCAAGACCAAUGAAAUCAUGACUGGACCUACUGAAUCUCAUAACCACGAAUGUUACGUGAAAUAUAUCAAAAACAUUCAAUGCAAUGCCUAGUUUUAACCACAUUGACAUUUUUAUAAGUGUUAGAAGACGGGUUUUUAAGUUUCAUCCCCGCAAGGGAUAUAGACGUGAUGACGGGAACAGAAGUGUCUAUAAGAGAUAUUCUAUAAGGAAAUAUAAUUAUAAUGAAAAGUAAUCAGCAGGUGUUUUUGCACUCUAAUUUAAUAUGAAAUAGUACCAUCUCUUUAUAAAAAUAUUUUUAAAAUAUCGAUGUGGUAUAAAGGGCAAAAAUGUUCAAAUCUUAUUUCUAGUAAGUGUCCUAUAAAAGUUCCUGCAACAAGUGUGAUAUUAUAUUAAUUUAAGUUCUUUGUAAUAUUAUGUUACAGGUACACAUUUAAAACUGUUACUAAAUUUUGUACUUAGAAAAAAUCUUACUUUAGCAAAGUAGGUAGGGUUUUUUAUUAUUUUUACUGUUAACGCUACCCUGUCUGGUAUAUAGUUUAAAAGUAGAUAAGUAUAAAAUAAUCUCUUCUAAAUCAUCAUAAAAUAAUCUACUUUUAAACUAUAUAAUAUGAUUUAAGAACAAGUAGCAUCAUGAUGGUUCAUUUUUAAAUUAAAACAUGUUAGACAUGUCCUAUGUAAUUUAUCAUAGAAAUUCUUGUCACUUAUGGUUUUAAAUUAAAACAAUUUAAUAACAAAUAAAGGCCAUAGGCCUAGCUCACUUAUGUUAAAUCAGGGGUACAAGCAAAAUUGUAUAUUUUUUUAUUAUGGUAAUGCAACGUACCUCGCUAAUUAUUUUAUUUCAAUAUUUUCUAUCAAGUAUAAGUACUAGUAUAUUUAAAAUUUCUAGUAUUCUGAGCCAUACAUAAUUGACCACCGUCAACCUCAGUUUAUACUCAAACAUACUGUGACCUAUGGGUGUAUGUUUAUAUUCCCAGUUUGCGUGUUUGAUUCAGAAAUAUACAGUCGAUCGAAACACGUAGUCUGAAAAUUUUGGAUGUCCAAAAUAUAUU